AUGAGGCAAGCCCCUGGAGAGAAGCUGAAAAGCUACCUCGCCAGGUUUACGGAUGAAAUCACAUAUUGCGAACAGGUCACUGACAGAGAAGCCCUUUCAGCCCUGAAAGACGGCCUCAACAUAAACACUUUGUUCUGGAGGGACGUGCGCAGCAAGAAUCCUUCCACCUAUGAGGAGCUAGUGAAAAUGAUGAGAAUUGAAAUCGUGAGUGAAGAAAUGAUUGAUCACCAAAACCAUGCCGCGCAGGGACUCCCUCCUCCUCAAAGGCAAGUAGGUCGAGGACCCGCAGCACACCUUGUUACUCAGCAAUGGACUCAGGCAGGACACACAAUAGCUCCCACCUCCGGGCAGGCACUGGCUUCCGCCACACUAAAUGUAGUGCCGGUAUUGGCAUAUGAAAAUGCUACUAGCGAAGUGGGGCCAUCAGGAAGAAACGAUAAGACGUUCCUCGACGUUCAGACCGAAGCGACCCACAUCCCUCCAGGAGGAAUGAAUAUCCUUGCAGAUCAGUCUCCCCAAAUAGGGGAGAUUGAAGGCACAGAGAACAGUCACCUCGGAGAAGAGAAUCAAGGGACCAAGGAGAGUCCAGUCAAUGAGUCCCAAAAGGCCAACAGGAUGGCCCCAGUUACCUUCUCCCAGGAAGAUGCGCAAGGAGUUCACCAUCCCCAUUGCGACGCACUGGUAGUGAGAGCCGUAGUAGCCAGAAAUGGACUUAAACGCAUGCUCGUCGACAAUGGAAGUUCAGUGAACAUAUUGUUCGGCUCCACCUUUGACAAAAUACAGAUUAAACAUGGGUUGAUCCCCAUGACCGACCCACUAUUCGGACGUGGAAAUGCUCAACGCCCCUGA